AACACGAGCACUCAGAGAGAAACACACAAACAGGCGCGGGAUGCUGAAUUUGGUAUUGCAUUUUCUCCGUAGCCUACUACACUCUGAAGUCAACCUGAUGCAGUAGCCAGUUCAACAAAAAUGAUCUAUAUCUAACGUCACUGUACUCGGCGACACUACGUUUCAAUCUCCUGUAGUCUCGGAGGAGAAGAGCCCCAUUCACAGCAGGGACGUCCCCUACACCUGAACCUGUCUUUCCACGCAUGCGCACCGUUCCUGAACCACUCGCGUCUUGAAGCCGUUUGCGGAGAAGCUCGCUCCAGCUCUGCGUGCAGGUCAGUUGGGGAGGUCUGGCGCGCGCUGUAGGUCUUUCUGCGGUGUGCGGACUGUGCGCUUGCAAACUUCAAACGUUGCUCUUUUUAAACUGAGGUCUAUUAUAUCCGAUUUGACUAGGAAUAUACCCGCCGGUUUCAUUUUAACGCACCUCACCUUCUGGUCACCUGAUCCUUGGGUAUGAACUGACACCCUCAUGACUCAUCACCUCCAUCGUCACCGACGAUACCAAGCUCUUCACCAUGGAAACAACAUCCCACUAGCAAGGGGAUCAGAUUAUCCAGUGUGAUUUCUAAACCCCAUCACCGUCCUCUUGUCGGCCAAUCAGCUGCUGGAAUGCACGUGAUGAGCAGCGUCACUCCGGCCAAUGACAACCAGAGUUUCCAGGAAUCGGGGGGGGCCACCGCAAAGAUAAUGUCUCCUUCCCCUCCUGCCCCCCCUCCUCCCUCCUGCGGCCCCCCACCUCCUCCCCCUCCGCCCGGCCUGGGAGCCCCUGCAGGAGGACACAGCAGACAGAGAAGAAUACGGAGCUUCUUCUGGAAACCAAUACCAGAGGAGAAGGUGAAGGGUGGGACCAACGUGUGGACCCAGUCUCCAGGUCAACAGCAGCAGUACCAGAUAGACGUCCGGACCAUCGAGGAGCUGUUUAGUCAGACAGACUGUCAGUCACCUAGGGUUGCCAUGGUGACCAGGGGGGGCAAAGCCCGGUCUUCCCUGAAAGAGACCAAAGACAGGGUCCGCAUCCUGAACUCAAAGACGGAGAUGAAUGUGGGGAUUUUCCUCAAACAUUUCAAGAAGUCCAACCAGGAAAUAAUACAAGACAUUCGCCAUGGCAACAGUAAGCCAUAUGGGGCGGCGCUUCUGCAAGAUCUGCUGAAACUGCUGCCGGAGACCGAAGAGGCAAAGAAACUGCAAGCAUUCAAGGGAGAUGUGUCGAAACUGUCGUUGGUGGAUUCCUUCAUGUUCCUGCUCACCCAAGUUCCGAGUUUUGAAGUGCGUAUCAAUGCCAUGGCUCUAAAAGAGGUGUUUCCACCAGCGUUUGAAAACACAAGUCGUGACAUCGACAUCCUUCAAAUGGCAACCAAAGAGGUCCUGGGCUGUGAGGAGCUCCAUGCGGUUCUUCACUUGGUGCUGCAGGCAGGAAACAUCCUCAAUGCUGGAGGAUAUGCCGGUAACGCGGUGGGGUUCAAGCUGUCCUCUCUGCUGACUCUGGCCGACACCAAGGCCAACAAACCAGACAUGAACCUGCUGCACUUCGUAGCUAUGGAAGCUCAGAAGAAAGAUGAGAAACUUCUGGACUUCCCCGGGAAACUUGAGCACGUCCAGAGUGCUUCUCGGAUUUCGUUGGAGAUUCUAGAUGCAGAGUUGCAUUCGCUGUCUUCACGCACAAGCUCAGUAGAGGAGAGCAUUCAGGGAGACUCAGAGCUGUUGGAGCAACUGGAUCAAUUCUUACAGAGUUCGACCACUGCACUGGUUGAGCUGCGACGACGAAGACAGGAUUUGACGAAAGAAGGGAACAUGUUAAUAGACUUCUUUUGUGAAGAUAAGGAGUCUUUCAAAUUGGAUGAGUGCUUCAGAGUAUUCCAAGACUUCUGCCUGAAGUUCCAGAAGGCUGUCAAGGACAACCGGGAGCGUGAGCAGCACCGUAAUCGCUUACGGCAGCUUGAGGAGAAACGGCACCCGUGGACGGGCGGAGAGGUAUCUGGCAGCGAGUCAGACCCGGGGCGCUUACAUCCAGUCAAGUCCCGACCGCACUCUCCCCAAAAUGCACUUGGGCGUUCAGGAAGCAUCCGGCGCUCUCGCGGUUCGGCAUCAGCCGCUGCCGACCGGCAGCUGACCAACUUGCUGACCCUAGGGUUGACCUCCGACCUUCAACCCUGGCGUCGGCUAUGGAGGGAGGCGGAGCCACCAGAGACCUCCCCCACUGGAUCACCAGAAACUCUGAGGAGUCCUAAGGGCUCCCCUCUCGCCCGGCUCCAACCCCAGGCACCUGAGGAGCACACUCCACCCCCGAAGAGGCACACCCAGGCAGGCACAGGCGCUCCAAUCACCGCUGGCCGUGAACCUGACCGCCAACCUCAACCUGACCUCAACUCAAACACGUCCAACCUCAACCACAGCCCUCAGCCCAAACCCGUUGACAACCGCCCCGACAACGACCUCAACCACAGCCCUCAGCCCAAACCCGUUGACAACCGCCCCGACAACGACCUCAACCACAGCCCUCAGCCCAAACCCGUUGACAACCGCCCCGACAACGACCUCAACCACAGCCCUCAGCCCAAACCCGUUGACAACCGCCCCGACAACGACCUCAACCACAGCCCUCAGCCCAAACCCGUUGACAACCGCCCUGGCAACGACCUCCACCACAACCAGCCCAGUGGUCUGAACGUGUACGUGGAACGGCGCGCCCUUGUCACGGGGCUCCGGGCGUUCGACCAAGUCUCGACCUCUCAUCGCCACCGUCGCCUUGACAACCAGGUUGUCACAGACCUGGACACUGGGUAUGAAGAACUCUCUCCUGUGUGUGAAAGCAGGGAAGAGAGGGCAGAAAAGGAGAAGGAGGAGGAGAAGGAUGAGGAGAGCCAGGAGGAGAAGGAGAAGGAGGAGGAGGAGAGGGCAGAAGAGGAGAAGGAGAAGAAGGAGGGGGAGGAGAGCCAGAAGGUGAAGGAUGUGUUUCUAUGUCAGACUGAGAAAGAGGCCUGUGAUCCCAAACCCACUAAAUCCCCAGCUCCUACAGACGGACCCGCCCCCCCCCAGAACACACUCUACGAUGAGGGGGAGGGUCCGACCCACGCAGCUGAGCCCCCAGCCGACUCCACGCCUUCAGAAUCACAACCCACCAAUGAGCACUCAGUGCCUGCAUCCGCCAGCACCAAUCAGCCGGAAGCAGUGUCUCCCUCGACCAAUGGGUCACCGGCCUGGUCAGCCCAGGGUACGAACCCAAAGGCCUCCCCCGUCUCCAAGACCUCCAGACUCCAGGCUCCCAGGAUGGGCCUGACCGGCGGGCGGAAGCAGGUCAUCCGCACCCUCACCACCUUGGAGAACCAGGACAUGAGGCGUGUGGUUCCCAUCUCCAAGUCCAGCCGGCACAGCUUGAUCCCAGGGAAGCGUGUGGGAAAACCCCCUGGCCACCAGAGCUCUGAUCCAGGGACCCCCAGCAGCAGCAGCAGCUCCACCUCUAACCCCUCCAACCCCUCUCUCAGGCCCCUGGAGAGGAGCGCCAUCGCCUCCCAGGGCAGCACCCGACACACCGAGGAUGGCAAGGACCCCAAGGCCCCUGCAGGUGUCCGCAGCAGUGCCAGGCACCAACUCUCCGUUCUCCGGAGGAAUCCGUCCUCCCAGACCCCGGCACGUCCGGCGGCCCCCCGACCCCCCCCGGAGGAGAAGAUGUGCCGGGCAACUCUCCGAGCCCUGGCCGCAGCCAGGGGGGCUGUCCCAGCGGCAGGGGGAGGGGGAAACAGCCUCAGCACGCCCUCACCCCCCUCACCUCGGGCAGGCUCUUCCAAACACUCCCUCAACCUCCCCUCUUUUGCCCGAAAUACAGCAGCUUCAACUUUCAGAUGGACCCCCUCAUCCCUCAACUCCCCCCGUUCCUCCCCAGGGACCCUCACCCCUGCUAAAACCUCCCCCUGUUCCUCCCCCGUACCCUCACUCUCCCCCGGGCCCUCACCCCUCACCCGGACGGCGUCGUUGAGACAUCCCAGGGUGACCACGCCCGUGCCCCCAGGAAGAGACAGCACCCUCAGGAGGAGCCAGAGCAUUAGGGGACCCUCCCGGUCCCCACGGACCCCCCUUCCUAACCCCCUGGCCACCCGGCCCCCCCUUGAGGUGUUGACCGUCCCUAAAGGAAAUGCACGUAGAAACAGUGGCAGUUCUGACAAGUCGACUAAUUCCAGAGACUCCAGUAAAGCACAGAAGCCCACAUGGAGAUAGAAUUGAGCCUGGUUCCAGUUCUAAAAACGUACCCUUUCAUUUGCAUUCUAGAGCUGGCUCGGAUUCUGAAAACAACACAACUUUCCUUAUUCCAACACACACUAAAUUCCCUAUUGCUAAUGUGCUUGCACGUCUAUCCAGUUCUAGAAUGAUAAUGCAGUCUAGAACACUAAUUGCACUAUUUCUCAGUGGAAGAGGGCAGGUUUGUUUCACUAUCGUGCACUGCAUCAAUGUUAGUGGAUUACAUUGGUCUGUUUUGAAGCUGCUCUUCAAGCUAGCGUUGAAUGGAGAACCUUAUUGGCAUUGUCGAAUUAGACCGGGGGUUUUGUUAAGAUAACAUAGCAAGUCUGUUUGGUUACUAAGGCAACUACUUGUUGCCAGAGGUUGUUUUUAGCUGUAAAUGUGGUCCAUGUUAGCGAUGAAGUGGAAAAUCAACUAUGGCCUUCAUGCAUUCUCUGAAGAUUUCUGCCUCUUUGUGGAAGAUUGUAUUACCCUUACAUAAAUAGAAUAAGAUCAGUUUUUUUUAAAUUGUGUAUCUAUGUUAAGAUUAGAUGUCUAGUUUAUUUCUGUUUUAUUUAAUCUCAAUUUAGUAAAUGAUAGAAAGUUCCCUUUCCCUAACUCUCCCGUUUAAACUCUCUACAUUUAAAUGAUAACAGACACCGGUGCUUUCCAAAUGUAACCCUAUUACCUCCAUAACGCCCUAGUUUUACCAGUGACCAUGUGAAUAACCAGUAGGGUGUACGUUUGGGACAUUAGUAUAGUUAUUAGGUCUCUGUAAAACCCGAUUCCAGACCAUUGGCUGUUAUAGUGUGAUCCAAAACAUGAAACUGACCCUAGAGCAGAUCUACAUCAGCGAGGCUUCAUGACUGUGUGCCCAAGACAGGUUGGCUGAGGCACUAACUCAUCACUGACUAAGCUUUAUUUGAUGAAUUGUAUUUUAUUUAACUGCAGAGAUUUGUUGUGUAUAUUUCAUGAAUUAUGUUGUAUUUAAAUCUAAAGAAAAGAUUGUGUGAUUGAAAAGGCAGCCCGUGUCCUGCCCUAGUUUUGAAUGGAUCCCUGUAGGUCUGGACUGAAAGUAGGGCUGAAUGGAGCUUUUCUGGCUGGACGUUUCUUAUGCUUUCUGGUUUUCAAACCGGUUUUCAACAGAAAUGUUCCAUUGUUAAAAUAAUUUUUUGUGAGAGCCUUUGUGCGCAUUAUAAAUGUGUUUCCAUGUUUAUUUUAUUAAAGUAACUGCCCAAUGAA